AGUGGUAGGGUGGUUUCACUUAAGAAUUUGCUCAUAACGGAGAUCUGCAAAGUAGAAAUAACGAAGGAGAGAAAGAGAGUGCAUAGUCGUGCUUGUCGAUGGCGAUCAAAGCGGGAAAGGUGUUGAGAACGGCGACUGCUGCUGCGAGGAAGUUCCAACAGAAACAGUUCUCAGCCUCAUCUUCGGCGUUUCCAGAGCCACCACCGGUGUCUCCAUCUUCCGGUGUAGGAGCAUUUCUGGGUAUUCCCAAGAUUAUUCGCUCGGAAUCCGAUUUAUUAGUCUCCAAGUACAUCAGAAUUGCCCAGGGUCGAUUGACGAAGAAGGGUGAUUACACAGAGGAGAAGCUAAAGAAAAUGUUGUCUGGUGAAGACAGGGUAGGGAUCGGUGAGACCAUGAAGUUACUCGAGGGUCGCAACACUGGACUAGUAUCUUCUAAAAAACCAAACUCCGGUCGAUCCAAAAAGUGAUUCCUCUGUUUCCAUCAUCAAGCUUUUGCAUUUCUAGUUUGCAAGUUUCUUUCUUGUUGGAUUUCUUCUACAAGUUGUUGUAUGAAUCACAAUAUAUAAAAUCCAAAAAGAUCAAUCUUUUCAUAUGUUUUCUUUGUAUCAAACAUUUUCUGCAUCACUCUAGUAGCAAUCAAGAACAAUGAGAAUAUAUGUUUUCAACA